AAACAUUUAGUACCAGGUUUUUAACUAAACUAGUGGAAGUGGAACAGUUAUCGCUUUAACAAUGUGAACUGAGAACGAGAAUUUUGAUAAAUUCAAUUUAUCAAAAUAUUUAACAUGUAAGCCAUAGUUUCAUAUUGCAAAGAGUGGCGCAAUUUGUCUGUUUCAUUGAUGAUCUAAGUAGUUCGUUAUUAAACGUACGGUACAUAUUAUCAAGGAAAAAUAAAGGUAUCUUAUCAGCAGGUUGUAAUCGCGCUAGCAAGAUUAAUUUUUAUGAAACAUGGUGUAUGGUGAUGGUGGGCUGCAGAGAGAGAAAAAAUCCUUCAAAUUAAAACAAAAGCAGUAUCUAGCCUUCUUAGAAGAAGUCCGGAGAGUCCAAAUAGCUUUGUAUUUUUAAAAUAUCUAAAACUAUUCCGACUGGCAAUAUUUCCUGCAGUCAUAUCAUGGGCAAUAACCAAACCAAGAUCAGAGACGAGGAACAACUUCGAAGCAUCAGGAGAGAAGUUAAAUCAAUAAGUACUAGCGUGAAGCUAUCUCGUAAAAAUAUAUCCCAAGUCAAUAAGGAACACAUUGUCGAAAAACUAGCGAAAUGCACUAACGAAGUUAGUGCCUUAAAUGGUCGAGUCAAGCGGAAAGACAUUGAGGGUACAUUGAAGAACAUUUCAGAAACCAUGGAAGAAGUUUUGAGCAUGGAAACUAACCAGUUGGAUUCAGGAGCUGUGGAGAGUGAUUCUUUUGUAAACGUGCCUCUUAGUCAAACGCGGUCAGCCUCUCUUGGUUCCUUACGUAGUAUUAAGAAGUCAGCUAACACCAAAUCGAUCGCGUCCAGCAGGUCCGGUCCCUCUUUACGAGAUAUCGAAGGAAAAGUGGAACAACUGAAAUUUCAAAUCCCCACAGCCAUUUCCAAUCGAGAUACCGCACAACUUAGAGAUCAUCAGAAGACGAUUGUUUCCAUGACAGCGGCAUUAGACAUGAUCCCUUUGAAUGAGGCUGAUUCGCUUACCAUCCGGCGCAAAGACGACCUCAACAAGAAACUUGGUGAGCUUUAUCGGAAAUUAACUAGAGUUUUGAGGCAAGAUGACAAUUUUAAAAACAGCCCAAAAACUCAUAUGGCUCGUUCCGAUCUUGCACAAAUAGAAAUGGCCAUAGCAAAAAAUGACUCUUUAAUGGACGCGCUGCUUAAGCAGAAAUAUGCCGAUUUCUCACAAGUUCGAAACUAUAUGAUAGAAAUUAACAAACACCUGGCUACCGUUGUUAUCGUGGAUAAGGAAGUAAAGGAACGAGUCGGCUUGCUAUCUCAAAAGCUAUCUGAGACAGCAAGAAAUUUAGAUCAAGUUAUGGCCCGAAGGGAAUUUGAUUCAAAAUUAACAAAGUUGUCCGAGAGUUAUGAGCGCUUAAUGCGAAACUUGGAGCCCAACUCCAAUUCAGAUGAUACCUUGAUUAACCUAGAAGUAUUGCAAGCUUCUUUAGAGUCCCUGGAGGAAAUUGAUGAGAAGAGCAAAAAUCGUAAAAAGGAGCUGCUCAGUCAUAUAUCUUCCAGUAUUAAGAAGAUAACCCAAACGCUGGAACAGUACUCUGAUCGGAACAUUGUUAAAGGCAUUGUUGAGGAUAAUGUGAUUCUAAGACGAAACCUGAAAAGCAAUGACAAAGAAUUCACUGUGAUAGAUCAAUUUAUUAAUUACUGGACCAAUGUGAAAGGCAAUUUUAACGUAAAUGCAUACUCAAAUUUAUCCCUUUUACGAAUUGACAGUGUGUUGGAAGAUAUGCAAGUCUCGAUUAAUGAUUUAAGAAUCCAGAUUGCCAAAAAGUGCAAUACAAAUCCUCCUAGCAAUGAACGAUUGAGCAAAAAACGAUCACAAUCUGUACCGAAAUUAAACACAAAAGAUAGCAGCGAUGAGACUGAUCUGAUAAAAACUAGUGCUAAAAUCUACAGCAUUCCAAAGCAUGAAGUACGAAGUAAUGAGCAACAAAACCAGUCACUCAACUUUAACCAAGUAGAGAACAUCAAAUUACAUGUUCAUGAAAUCAAGCUGGACAUGAAUAAUAACUCAAAUAAAAUCAUUAUAAAGAACAAAUUAGAAGAAUGUCAAAAUCUUCUCGCUGAGCACGUAAACGAUUCAAAUCAGGCAGUUGCAAACAAUGCAAAACUCGUUUUAGAAGAAAUCAAUGAAAUAGCAACUAAAAUAGUCCUGGAAAACUUUAAAGAAAAAUUGCCAUCAUUAUCUAAGAGAACUCAGAACUUAAAAGGCACAACAAAUUUCGAGUGGGUUCAAACAUUAAAGACCGAAUUACUUCAAAUACAGUUAGAUUUGAAGAACUUAAAUAUCCCAUCAAAAUAUGAAUCACUCUUGCAGGAAAAGGCAUACUUACUAAAUGAAGUUCGAGCGAACAUUGAUAUUCUAGAUAAAAACGAUUCACUUUUGAAAAAGCAAGAAGCUGAAAGAGCCGAGCAGCUUAAAUGUAUGCUGCAAGAAUUAAAGGGCAAAGUUCACAAAUUUUCCGGCAUUUCCGGUGGUGUUCAAUACAAUCAAAUCGAAAGAGGCUUAAAUAAACUUCUUCUCAAUAUUGGAGAGUUGAGUAGCAAACCCCUUUCUAAUACAUUGACUCAGGAAAUUGAAAAACUUUCAAAAAUUUUGGAGAGUCGAGCUUCACAACCACAGAGUUUUAAAAAAAGCACUGAACAUGACACAACAGAAGGGGAACAUAUUGAAAUGCUGAAAAUUAAAAACGCUUUACUACAGCUUAAAUUGGACAUUGAUCAGGCUGCUGUAGGCAGCAUUGAUGAUUGCUUAAGAUUCCAGACUCGCUUGGAUCUAAUAAAAUUCGAGCUGAGUCAGAUAGUAGUCAAAUCCAACGAAAACUUAGCUAAAGAGAAAGAAAUAUAUAUGAGCGAAACUGAAACUUUAAUGAAAGUAAUUAAUAUGAAAAUAUCUCCUGGAAAGGAACCAUUGAAAUUGAAACCACCCGAGCUGAGUGAAUAUAAAGCAAAUAAAGAAAUAGAAAAAAUUGAACAGGCAUUUGAAAAUAUUAGAGAAAAAAUCUCAAAUUCAACUACCGAGCAAGCUAAACAUGAGUUUUAUCAAUUUGCAAACGACAUACGAAACCAGAAGAAAAUGCUUGAACGCUAUGAUGUUGAACCAGAAUCUGAGUUAUACCAAAAGCAAGCAAAUAUGAUUGAGGGAAUGGAAGCUUAUAUUGAAAUACUCGAAAAGGAAGCAGCUGAUAUCAAUUUUAUAUUCAACAUGGAAAAAAGAAGUAAAGAACUUGAAGAGGAAUUUGCCAAUGACCCUCAAUCUAAAUUGCCAGAACUGGAAGGCGAAUUAGAAUCAGUAAGAAUUGGAUUACACCAAUAUAACAUGAGCUCAUCUAAUCAAAUCUUAACAGAAAACAAAUUGAAGUUGGAACAUCAAACAGACUUAUUAAUGCAGAAACUGGAAGAACUGAAGCAAAAUCAAGCGCAACUGAAGGACGAUAAAAAGGAAAAAGCAGCAAUUGAAAAUGUGAAACAAAAUAUCAAAAUGAUUGCACCACAAAUUCACUCAUUUGUUGGUAUCAAAUCAAGUAAUGAAUACUAUAAAUUAAAUGAAACUAUUAUCAGAUCAUCGUUAGCUUUGGAUGAAAUUCUAGUCAACAAAGGUGAACUACACAAUAGUAGGAUAAAGUUACUCAAAGAGCUACACACUCUUGGAAAUAUUUUGGACGAAAGGACAAACCAAACUGAACAGAUAUUUGAGAUAGAAAGGGCUCUUAAUGAAAUAUCAGAUGUGCUCAAGCAAAAUGUUGGGAAUGACUUUAAAAUGAAUAUUAUAGAACGGAUGGAAGAAAUUGGUAAACGAUUGGCAAAUCUGCAAUUGGCAGUUGAUCUGGUUCCAAGACAAGAAGCAUGCGCCAAAAGAGUUAUCAUGUUGCAACAACAAAUUGAAAAAUGUUCUUCGAAAUAUACAAAUUCUAGCUCUGCAGAGUAUUUACCUAAAACAUAUAGUUUGGGUUCGAGCAAAACUUCGAGCAGUUCAGGUAACAUUGAACAUGAAAAUGAUGAUAUAUUAACUGCAAUAUCGACCAGGAUUGAAGAUAUCGCCAAACUUAUAGAGAACACAAAAUCCGACAACGAAUUGCAACAGUUAGAUGACGCUCUCAUAGAACUAGCUGUUCAACUUAAGAAGAUUAAUUAUCCCGCACAUAUGAAUGAACAGUCAACAUUGAACAAUCUGCAACAGAGGAUUGAUUUCCUUACCGAUAUCAUUGAAGGAAAAAUGCAAGACUAUGAUCGAUUCAAUUCUAUUAGGCAAGAAGUCGACUUAUUAAGAGAGAAGUUAAGCAAAUCAUUGCCUUGGGAAGUUAUAGAUCAAAUUGAUGAACGAUUGAAUCAGUUACUUUUAGACUUGAAGAAAAUUCCCAAUUCUAGCUUGAAAGCUGAUAUAGAUCAAUGUAUGCAUUUGAUUAUUCGAUUAACAAAACACAUUGGUGAAGCAAAAAUAUCAAAUAAUAACAAAACAUCGUAAGAUUGUAUUUGGCAAUUAAUAUUUAAUUUCAAAUCUGUAUUCCAUAGUAUGUAGAAUAUUUCUAUUCAUUACUCAUUUAAUUUAUUUUUAAGAUAUGUUAUUUAAUUCUAUUUGGGGCCACUACUAAUUAUUGUAUUACCGUAAAUUUUCCUAAAAUACUUUCUGUUGAAUUUAUACUAAGAAUUAAUCACAUUAUGUAUCACCAACGCUUGUAUAGUAUUUUGUAUGUAAUAUUAAACAAACAUGUAAGUCCCAA